AUGGGGCCUCAAUGGAGCCCACCAUGCUCCCCCCACUCUCCUUCUGUCAUCUUCCUGUUAGUGGCUACUUCUUACAUUUGGCUUCUUCCCAUCACCUCUCCUCAGAGAGUCCCCAUAGAUCCCGAGGCGGCCCCAGAGUACGCUCACUCCAUCCGGCUGGACGGUGAUAUCAUCCUGGGUGGAUUAUUUCCGGUGCACUCUCGGGGCGAUCGCGGCACGCCAUGCGGGGAGCUAAAAAAAGAGAAGGGCAUCCAUCGCUUGGAGGCCAUGAUGUUUGCCAUAGACCUCAUCAACAAGGACCCCGAGCUGCUGCCCAACAUCACGCUGGGGGCCCGGAUCCUGGAUACCUGCUCGAGGGACACGUACGCUCUGGAGCAGUCGCUGACGUUUGUGCAGGCCUUGAUCGAGAGGGACGGCUCCGAUGUCCGCUGCGCCGACGGGGCGCCCCCCAUCUUCACCAAGCCAGAUAAAAUCGUGGGCGUGAUCGGCGCCGCGGCCAGCUCCGUGUCCAUCAUGGUGGCCAACAUCCUGCGCCUCUUCAAGGCCAAGGUCGGACGCAGCAGUCUUUCCCACGCUCCGCCACGCUGCUUCACAUGCGUCCGGCGGGGCGUGCACUCGUGGACAGCGCCCACUCGUUCCCCGCUCUGUAUGCAAGGCGAGCCUCGCCUCGAUCCCUCGCUGGUCUCCCCGCUGUAUGAAGGGGCGCACUGUAGCAGCAGCACGGCUGACGCGGGUUUCAGUCCAGAGGAGAGUGAAACCGCGCUGAUUCUGUUUCUGGGGAAAUCAGGUGCUGUGCGCAUCAGACGAGCUGCCAUUUUACUGUAG